UUCCGGGAAACACGAUGUGUGAAAAGAACCUUAUUCAGAUAAACGGGUUUUUCAACUAGUCCCUAUAAAUUUAGGGACAAAUUGAGCGAGAAUCAUUUCGGCCGCAAGACAAGAAGAAAGAAAGAUACCUGUUCGACAAAUUGAGCGAGAAUCAUUUGGGCAGCUAGACAAUAAGAAAGAAAGAUACCUGUUAUUCACAAGUUAUAACGAAGAUGCCUGAUAAUUCUUUUGGCGGAAGUGGCUGUUGUUUCGCUGGAAACAGCAAUAGUUAUGUCCAGAAAAGGCGGGGUCGAGUUUAUAUCGAGAGUCUAAAAGUGGGAGAUGAAGUGCUAGUUAUCUUCGGAGACGGACAAUUGGGAUACUCGGAGGUGUGGUGUAUGGCUCACGAAGAUGGUGACAAAGAAACGCAAUUCGUCGAAUUGCGAACAGCAACACGUGAAAUACACAUAAGCCCACGACAUUUCAUAGCCGUGAUGAAAGAUGAUUUGGAACUGGACAUGGUUAUGGCCAACAAGAUAAAGAUUGGUGAUUAUCUGGUUUCAUGUGACGUUGAUGUUGAUGCUGAUAGCGAAGGAACUAUUACCAAAGAACCAGUGGUGAGCAUCGAAACGAUACAAGGCAAGGGAAUAUAUAAUCCCUUUACCAAAGAAGGGACACUUUUGGUUAACGGCAUCUUGGCAAGUUGCUACGCAGAGGUCAAACCAAGCCUUGCCCAUAAUGCUUUGGCACCAUUUAGGGCUAUGUAUAGCGUGACCCCAAAAGUGGUCAUGGAUGCCAUCAUGACCCCUAAUGAGAGUGGAAUUCCACACGUGCUCGAUGCGGCAUUCAAUGUAUUAGAACCGGUUGUUGCUGAAAUGAGGUUGGUGCAGCUUGGGAGAUCUUCUGACGAUUAUCCGUGCUUUCCUGGUUACGGAAAUAGUAUUGUCACCUUAGAAUCGGGAAGAACUUACAUAGAAGACGUGAAAGUGGGUGAUUUGGCCAAGGUGGUGUUGGACAAUGGAAGUUUUGGUUAUUCAGAAGUUUGGACCUUGGCUCACCACAAUCCAGCUACAGAAACCAACUUUAUCCAGAUCGAGACAGAGAACAGACGGCUAAAUAUUAGCCCUCGACAUUUUUUGGUAGUGAAUCGGAACAACAAAACAUUAGAUUUAAUGGCGAAAGACGUACAGGUUGGAGAUGAGUUAAUCGUUUAUGACGAACUGCUAUACAAAGAUGUCGCCGGAAGUGAAAAAGUGGUCGACAUUGAAGUCAUUGAAGGAAAGGGCGUUUUUGCGCCUUUCACCAAACAAGGUCGACUGAUUGUAAAUGGUGUAUUAGUGUCAUGCUAUGCUGAGGUUAAUCCUUCCCUUGCUCACACGGCCUUGGCUCCACUCAGAGCUAUGUACGAUGUUACACCAACUGCUGUCAUGGAUACGGUUAUGACCCAUAACGCAAACGGCGUUCCACACGUGUUUGAAAAAACGUUUAAUGUUGUAAAAACUGUUGUUACCGAGUAGAGACUGGGAUUAUUGUACUUAACAAAUAAUACAUAUACAUUAAGAAUUCAUAUGUGGAUAUUCAUUCUUAUCAAGUAAAUAUUAUUUUAUUCCUCUUUAUACGCUGGUCCGACCCUUAGAAUUAUUUUAUUUCUUUGUAGUUUGUAUUUAAGAUUUUAUUGCUAAAGAAUUUUGCAGUUUUUCUUAAAUUAAAGUUUAUUGUCUGAAAGAUU